CUUUCAAAUUUUAUAAACAAAUCGUAUAUUUCAUCAAGAAAAAUGUUAACGGGUUUUAAUGCUAAUUAUUAUAAUAAUAUGACAUUGUAUUACAAAACAAAAAUAACAAUAAAAAUCUGGAACUAAAAUUAUACGAAUGUAGCUAGUGUGUAAGACUAUUAGGAAGCAAUGUUUAUAAAAAAAAUAUCAUCACAUGAGAGGUCACUAAUACUCGCUUCCUCUUGUAUUCAUUCGUACAAGAAAGCUGUCGAGGAAUUGGUCUACAACGCAUUGGAUGCGGAAGCAACGUCAAUCGCCAUUAGGAUUAAUAUUGAACAAAAUUCGAUACAAGUUAUUGAUAAUGGGUGUGGUAUUACCAAGAAAGAUUUAGUUUUAACUGGUCAAAGACACAUGACUAGCAAAUGCCAAGAUAAAUCAAAUUUAAAAUCGAAUAAAUAUGGCUAUCGAGGAGAAUCCUUGGCUAAUAUUGUGAAAGUUUCUAAAACUGUAAAGAUAACAUCAAGAUGUGAAAGUUCAGUUGAAUCUUGGGAAAAAUAUUUUAAUAAUGGUAGAAAAGAAAACAUAAUCGAAGUCGUCAAAAGGCCAUCUAAAGGCACAACUGUAGAAAUAAAAGGAUUUCUCUACAAUCUCACAAUUCAAACAAAAUCUAUAAAUCCACUAAAUGAAUUGCAAGAAAUAAAAAUGUUUUUCGAACGUAUUUCUUUAGUACAUAAUAAUAUAUCUCUAAGCUUGAGAGAUGAUUGUAAGAAUGAAAUUAUUUUCCAAUUACAUAAAAAAAGAGAUAUUUACCAGACAUUUUCAUGUCUUUAUGGUAUAAAUAGAUCAGAAAUACGAGAAUUAAAAGUAGAAAAGAAACAGUAUGUAGCUACAGCUUUCAUUGCCAAAGAAGUUGGAGAUAAUAACAACCACUGGAUAUUCUUAAAUAGAAUUUUUGUAAACAACUUCAGUAAACUACACAAGAUCGUGAAUGAUAAUCUACAAAAAUGUAUCAAAAAUGAAUAUUUUAUAAAAAAAUCAAAGAUUAAAUAUGACAACGAAGAUAUGUAUUUGAUGAAGAAUAAAUUGCCAUUUUAUUUUUUAUUCAUUCAGUGCCCCGUUACAGAUUACGAUGUUAUUUCUAAUCGUAUAGAAUUUAAUAACUGGGAUGAAAUAACUAAGCUGUUAGAAAAACUUGUAAAAUUUUAUUUUAAUGAUUUAAAUUUAAAAACAGUCACUAACGAGACGAGUAGGGUAGAAAAUAAUAGUAUAAACGAAAAUACGAGAGAACAAGUAAAGAAAAUUAUGUGUAAAAUUUUAGCCUCUAAUCCAAAGGUAUUAGGAGUUUCGCAAAUGCAAAAUGGAAUUAAAGGAAAAAUAACCAAAAGGAAACGUAAUCAGAAACGUAAAACUCAAAUUAUAUCUCAUGGUAAAUUGACCAGUAAAGAUAAUAAACAAUUAAAUUCUAGAAGCAACACUCACAUUGACCGUUCUAAAGAAAGUAACUUGAACUCUAACUCAUUACGCAAAUAUAACAAACGAAAACUAAAUGAAAAAUUGUGUAAAGAAAAUAUAAAAAAGAAGUUUGCCAACACCAGCCAACGCAAAAGAAAAUUCAAAGAGACGCCUAAAUCCAAGAACUCCUAUUUAAAAGAAGAUAUACGCAAUCUUUCCAAAAAGAAGUCACCAGGAUAUUUGAAAAACAAAUCAAGUGACAACACUGAAUUCAUGAAUGAUUCACUUAUUAGAAAAUUUAUAAACCCAACAGAUAGUAUGACGAAAAGGUGUGAUAUAUUGGAGAGAAAAGCACAAGAAGUCAUAAAUCACUGGAACACUGGAAGAUUCGCAACACAUGUGGACAAAAGUAUUCAAUAUAGUUGUAUAGAAGAGCAAUAUAAAGGCUAUUUAAACCUUAAUGAUGGAAUAUAUUUACAUAGACAUAAAAAGACAAAUUUUGAGAUGGAAAAAAAAGAUGUCAAAUCUUCUUAUGAUCUGCUUAAGACUAUUUUGAAUACUCAGGUUAAUAAUAACGUAGACGAUACAAACCUUCAAUCUGCAGUUGCAUUUGAAAAGAAUUUUACAGACUAUCAUGAAGCUUACUACAGUACGAUUAAGGAAAUAAAUUCGGGGCAAAUCAUGUCCAAAUUAACAUAUGAGAGCCAUAACUAUGAAAUGGUGAGACCUAAAAAUCUAAAAUUAAAGCAACCAAUGAAUACAAAUAUUGUGCCCGAGAAAUGUAAAGAUACUUUUGUAUUCCCAGAUUAUACACGUACCCCUAAAAUAUACCAAAAAUACCAUACUUAUAAAAGAAAUUUAAAAGAAUGGAGUCACAAAGUUUUUAAAAAUACCAAUAUCUUUCCCCAAAAAAGUCCCGUUGUUAAUGGUCCUACGCAAAAUAUUGAAGAAUUUUCACAAAUGUUUGAUGUUCCCAAAAGUAUUGUUAGUGAUAAUAAUAGUGACAAUAUUGAGGAAAUUAACUCAUUUUUUUCAAAAUUUACUGUUAGCAAUUGUGAUCAAAAUAAUUUGUCACUUUUCAUUCAAAAUGUUUGUCACGAUAAGGAGUUCGUUCUGGAUAAAACCUAUAAUAUUCCAAAUAAUCAAACGUUAAUUAAUGAGCAUAGAGUGUUUCUCCAAAACAGCUUACAGGUUUAUACCAGUUCCCAUCAAAAUUUGGAUCUAAGUUUUUUAAACGUAGAAAAAAGUAACUGUGUAUUAUCUACGGAAACUAAUCGUGCAAGUUGUAGUAGAGAAGAAGGUAUAAAAAUUGAUUUUAUACCUGAAUCAAAAAAUUCGAGUAAAUCAAAAUCAAAUGUCUCUUAUGAACCUAUAGAUGUUUGUGAAGCUGUAUAUUUGAACGACGAUUUAUUUGAAAAAGAAUUCGAAAUCAGUUUUAGUAACAUUCAUCAAAAUAAAGCUUCAAACAUUGACACUAGUCUUAAUAGCAUAUUGUGCGACGUUGAUGAUGAUAAUGCAAAUAAUAAUAAACAAAAUAGAAAUGAAAUGAACUCAUCACACCAUUUCAAUAAAAUAAAAACUAUAACAAGUACUAAAGGAUCUAAUAUUGAGCCGAACAAUAAGGCAACGUCAAAUCCAGUAGCUGAUAAACAACAAGCGAUUGAUCUUGUGAAAGAUAAUCUUAAUAUCGAUCAAUUAAACGAUAUUCAUCAUAAUGAUAAAUGUUUGAAAAUUAAUCUAAAUUCUUUUGACUUGAAAAAUAGGAUGAAUUUCGUUCCUAAAGGAAUGUCGCCUAUUUUUAAAAAUUGCAUUACGAAGCAUAUUUCUGAUUUCGAUCAUAACAUAGAUUAUUUUCAAGACAGCCUUUACUAUAAUUUUGCAAAUGAAGUACAAAUACAAACUGAAAUAUACAAUGAAGAUGUUCAAAAUCAAAAUAAAUGUAAAAGUAAAACAGACGACGAUAUUGCAUUAAAGUUUGAUGGACAAUCCUUAAAACAUGCUGAAAUUCUGAAUCAAGUUGAUUAUAAAUUUAUAGCAGCUAUUAUAAAAGCGAAAAGUGUAAGCAAUGAAGAAUCAACACAUUUCUUGGCAUUUUUUGAUCAACACGCAGUUCAUGAGAGAAUUCGUCUUGAAAGUAACAUGUCCGAGUAUCUUGUCGACGGCCAAUGGAAAAGCGUUUCUGUAGACGGCAUAACGAUAGCACUGUCGAAGGACGAAAUGAUUUAUUUACACAAUUACAAAGACAAAUUUGGACAGUUAGGUCUAAAGUGGACAACGCCUUACAGCAAUGAAAUAAUAAUUAACUCUAUCCCAAAAGCUAUAAUUGGAAAGAAUCCUAGACAGGUAGAUAAAAUAAUGAUAGCCGUGAAAAAUUUAAUCAGGGAACAAAUAAGUAACAUCAAAUCUCAGAAUGGUUGCAUUUCUACGUAUCCAAAGUCUAUUAUGGAUUUAGUAUUCAGCGAGGCAUGCAGAUACGCUAUAAUGUUUGGGGAUAAAUUGACGAAAGAGUACAGCGGAGAAUUACUUCAAGAUUUAUCAAAAUGUAAGAAUCCUUUUCAAUGUGCUCACGGCCGGCCUGUAAUGGCAGUUCUUACGGAUAUCAUGUACAAUAAACAAGAAUACAAGGUAUUAAUAUUUACAACUAAACGAAUUAUACUAAAUUAUCUGGUGGUGUAUGUAUAAAGACAUAAAUUUGGCUAAAAGCAAAUUUUCGUGUUGCAGGUGAAUUUAUCGAAACUGAAACAUUUCAAACAAUAGGAAACAAUUAGUUUUUAAGUAUUAAUUUCAUUUUGUAAUUGUUAGAUUAAAAAUAAU